CUGUUGAUGCUUUGAGAUCGCUAAAAUAGAGAGGCACAGAGAGGCCGUGUGGGAGCGAGCAGUGCCCUCCUGAUCCGGUAGUGGCUACGUGUAACUGAGAGGAAAAUGGCAGAAAGGAAGAAUAAUAAUAAUGCUCCAAACUCCAGUGCUAACUUAUUAUUCAGCGAUGCUCCGGAGUUUAACUUCAACCUACCCUUCCUGCCCGUGAGUCAGGCCACCGGUCCGGCCGUGUUAUCAGGAGCAGAUGAUUCCACUGAUGUGGGAGAAGAAGACAGCUUCCUGGGUCAGACCUCUGAAAACGGAUCAGCCCCCUCUACAUUCAACUACUUUGCCAGCCCCGUAACCAGCGGUGAUCCAUUCGCCUCCAUCGGCCAGUUACCAUGCCCGUCACCUGCCCUGUCAGCAGCACCCACAACCGCAGACCAGGUGUCUGCGCCGAGGAGUCUCAACACGACUCCAGUACCCAUGUCAGGCUCUCAAAUGAACCCCGCUCCUGCAGGGUUCGGCAGCACAGUGUACCAGAGUCCUAUGGGGUAUCACGCCUCUCAGCCCACUUCAAUGACCACACCACCACCUCCCCAGAUGCAGCCACAGGGUCAUAAUCCAUACCGACACACCUCUACUUCCAGUAAAGCACGUCCUUAUAUUCCAGGGCCAGAGAUCAUGCAACAAACGCACAUACCUCAGCAGCACAAUCCGUACUCUCUGAGCUCUAUGCCGCACACUUCCCCCAUGUCAGAGAUGGCGUACACAAGGGCUUCUCCAACACAGAUGCAAUCAACCCUUCCACCUCCUGCAUCUUCUGCCGGAGCGAUAGUUCCUGCUGGUCCCAUGAUGCCGUACAGCUACAGCGUUUAUGAGCCCAUUCAACCUCACUGGUUCUACUGCAAACAAGUGGAGUCAAAGAGCGUCUGGCUUCCUUUCAGCUUCAUCGACUCCCUUCAGCUCGAGGAGACAUAUAACUCAGUUCAACCGGACCCAGAAGCUGUGAUCGUGCGUACAGACGGAGGGCGAUAUGACGUGCAGCUUUACGACCGAAUACGGACCGCAGUGUACUGGGAGGAGGAGCCUACGGAGGUCCGGCGCUGCUCGUGGUUCUACAAGGGGGACACAGAUAGUCGCUUUAUUCCCUACUCGGAGGAGUUCAGUGAAAAGCUGGAGGCAGAAUAUAAGAAAGCUGUGUCGACCAACCAGUGGCACCGUAGACUGGAGUUCCCCUCCGGAGAGACCAUCGUCAUGCACAAUCCAAAGGUGAUUGUGCAGUUUCAGCCCUCUUCCAUGCCUGACGAGUGGGGCACGACUCAGGAUGGACAGACCAGGCCUAGAGUGGUGAAAAGGGGGAUUGACGAUGACCACGAUGAAGUGAAUGAUGGUGAGAUGCCGAAGGUGGAUCAUCUUGUCUUCAUGGUCCAUGGAAUCGGUCCCGUGUGUGACCUGAGGUUUCGGAGCAUGGUGGAGUGUGUGGACGACUUCCGGAGCGUGUCACUGAAGCUGCUCAACAGUCACUUUAAGACGUCGCUGGACAAAGGAGCGAUCAGCAGGGUGGAGUUCCUCCCUGUCCAGUGGCACACAGCUCUACAUGGGGAUGCUACGGGGGUGGACAGGAGGAUAAAGAAGAUCACCUUGCCCAGCACUGGGCGUUUACGUCACUUUACCAAUGAGACUCUGUUAGACGUGCUCUUCUACAACAGUCCCACGUACUGCCAGACCAUCAUGGACACAGUUGCCCAAGAGAUUAAUAGACUCAAUACGUUGUUCAUGGAGAGGAACCCAGACUUCAAAGGAUGCGUGUCGGUGGCAGGACACAGCUUAGGUUCCCUGAUCCUGUUUGAUCUGUUGUCAAAUCAGAUGAACGGCUCUGCACCCAUGCCCGUCAUACCAUCUGCCAAUGGGGGCACCAAAGAGGUGAUAGCGCCCGUUGUUCCUCAGGAGAAUAAGGCCGCUGCUGCUCAACCUCCUGUGGAAGAAGAAGGGGAGGAGUUUGAGGAUCUCUCUGCCAUGCUGGAACAUCUGGGGUUGUCUGAGUACAAGACCACCUUUGAUGAUGAGAGAAUCGACACCGAGUCUUUUCUCAUGUGCACAAUUGAAGACCUGAAGGAGAUGAAAAUCCCACUCGGUCCCAGGAAAAAGAUCGCCAAGUUUGUCAAAGAACGACUGAACAAGCAGGCGGCCCAAGAAAAGAAAGCAGAGGUCAGUCCGGUAGAAGUCCCCCCACCAGCAGUUGAAGCUCUUCCUGAUACCUCUGUGCAGAACCCCCCUGUUGGCAGUAACUUUUCCUCCAUACAUGUCAACUACAAUUACUUUGAAGUUGGCACCGGACAGGUGUCCGUGGUUUACCAAGCUCUCGACUUUGAGCCAGUGAAUUUCUUUGCCUUGGGUUCUCCAAUCGGCAUGUUCUUAACGGUCCGAGGUCUGGAAAAGAUUGAAGAGAAUUACCAGCUGCCCACGUGCAAAGGGUUCUUCAAUAUCUACCAUCCACUGGACCCAGUGGCAUACAGGAUUGAGCCCAUGAUAAUACCAGACCUGGACUUAAAGCCUGUCUUGAUCCCUCAUCACAAAGGAAGGAAGAGGCUUCACCUUGAGCUGAAGGAGAGUCUCUCCAGAAUGGGCUCUGACCUGAAGCAUGGUUUCAUCAGCUCCCUGAGGACUGCAUGGCAGACUCUCAACGACUUCGCCCGCGCUCACACCUCCUCUGCUCAGCUUCAGGCUGAGCUGGCCAUCGUAGCCAAUCAGAUUGAAGAGCAGGAGAAGCAAGCUCGGGAGGACCAUAAGAUCCCAGAGAGCCUUGAGCUGCCGAGAGAGGAGGAGCCUCAGGUGAAAGUGGGGCUGCUGAAUGGAGGGAACCGCAUCGAUUACGUCCUGCAGGAGAAGCCCAUAGAGAGCUUCAACGAGUACCUGUUUGCCCUCCAAAGUCAUCUCUGCUACUGGCAAUCUGAAGACACGGCUCUGCUCCUCCUCAAAGAGAUCUACAAGACCAUGGGGAUCCACCCGGAGCAGAUCAUACAUUAACACGAUGAAGUUUGAAGCUGAAAAUACACCCGUCAGAUGUUUCUUUUUUUUCUUAGUGAUUAUUCUCUCAUGUUUUUUUUUUCCUUUUUGCUAUCAAUGUAGUUUGAUUUAUCAGAUUGACUGAUACAACUGUACAACGCCAUUUGUCUUAAAUAAAGAAACAUAAAUUAGCUCCUAGAUUUAAAGACAUCUGAAACGUUUGGUGGGCUUUGUCCAUUUUAUUGAUUAAAUUAAAGAACUGGUAUUUUAAAAUAUG